AUGCUGAUGAAGAUGAACUGUGGAACGCUGUGGGCAGUCUUGGCGCUGAGCUGCGCCCUCUUCCUGGCCCACACGGAGGCCAACCUGAACCCGCGCCGACAAUCCUACGACCAAGCCCACUGGUUCGACCCCGCCUACGACCUCACCCUCAGCGUCGUCGUCCCCUUGGCCAAGCGCCAGGCCUCCUCCAAUCAGACAACCGACGAGACGCAGGCGUACAAGGCGACGGACUUUGGGUGCACCGACGAUGCGCUGGAGUGGUGCAGGCAGCAGGGCGGCGUGGUGUCCUACCAGCAGUACUCCUACGUGAGCGGCCCGAGCGUGAUGGCCUUCGGGCGCAAGCGGGCCUACUGCAACAUGGGCACCUACACGCUGACCGAGGUCGAGACCCUCGCCUCGCCCUUCCUCACCCUCGCCCAGAUGGCCUACGUCAACCCGCUCGCCGACUUCACCUGGAACCACACCCAAUGGGGCAAUCCGGCGAGCCAGUACUGCGUGGAGAGCAACGGGGCCACGGUGAGCGUGAUGUUCGUGGACUCGGCGAGCACGUGCGUGGGCACGGGCUGGUCGACCCUGCCGGCCGAGACCUCGCUCGGUCUCUCCAACUCGUGCGAGUUCGCCGACGGCUCGUCGAUCGACGCGUGGGCUCUGUUCCACGGCCAGGCCAAGUCGCCUGCCAAGCGCAUUACGCCCCACUUCCGCACGCAGUUCGCUGGCCAGCCGUGCAUGAUGGCGGCCGAUCCCUCGUACGACCCCACCCUCAUCGCCCGAGUCCCUGUGCGCAAGACCACCAACAACCACACGCUUGUCGCGUACAAGGCGGCCGACUUCAAGGCCAGUGAGGAGGCUAUCGGGUGGUGCUUGAAGCAGGGCGGCAAGAUCUCCUACAGCCAGUACUCCUACAUUAACGGCCCUGACGUGAUUGCGUUCGGUAAUAAGAAGGCCUACUGCAACAUGGGCACCUACACGCUGACCGAGGUAGAGACCCUCGCCUCGCCCUUCCUCACCCUCGCCCAGAUGGCCUACUUCCACCCGAUCCCCAACUUCAAGUGGGACCGCAAACAGUGGGGCAAUCCUGCAGCCCAGUACUGUGUUGAGAGCAAGGCCUCUACUUUGGGCUCCCUCUACGUGCCAGAGAUAGAAAUGUGCGUGACUACCGGCUGGUCGGUGCUUCCCGUGGAGGAGUCUGCCGGCCUCUCCAACUCGUGCGACUUUGCCGACGGCUCGUCCAUCGAGCCCUGGGCUCUGUACUACGGUCGGCUGCACCCCAUCGUGGCGCCCCACUUCCGCACCCAGAUCAAAGGAGCGCGGUGCAUGAGAUAG